UGGAGUGAAUCUCACAGACAGCGGCCUACCGGACAGCACAACCUCUACCGCCAACAUUUUAAUACUUGGUCGUAGACAGAGACAUGCCUCGUGGUCUGAGCAGUGGGACGUCCUGCGAUGGGACCAACGGGGGGCGCUAUGAGACCCCUCCCGCCUCAGAACUACAGAGGCUCAUGUGGACCAAAAAGGGCGGCAGCAACAACCACAUGGACGAAGUCUAUCCGAGGAUUUACAUCGGAGACAUGUACGCGGCGAAGGAUAAGAAGGCGCUUCAGUCUCAUCUCAUCACUCACGUCCUCAACGCAGCAGACGGUAAAUACAACGUAAACACCGGGGCCGUUUUCUACAGAGACACUAAGAUCACGUAUUUCGGAGUGGAGGCGUUCGACAUGGCGAGCUUCGACAUCAGCCCCUUCUUCUACCCAGCAGCCAACUUCAUCAACAACGCACUCAGCUCCCCCACAGGUAAGGUGCUGGUUCACUGUGCGAUGGGCCUCAGCCGCUCCUCCUCUCUGGUUUUGGGGUAUCUGAUGAUCCACGAGGGGCUGACGCUGGUGCAGGCGCUGAAGGCCGUGAGCGAAAACCGAAACGUCUGCCCCAACAACGGCUUCUUGGAACAGCUCCGAGCUCUGGACUCCAAACUGCACUGUGGGGGUGGACCCAGGUAGAACGGGCAGUGCGGAGGUGGACCCAGGCACCGCUAGGCUACUGUUUAAGGAGACACAUCAGGCUAAAAUAUUAGUUUGAGCUUUCGACCAUAUCUUAUAACGUUCAAAAACAUACCUGUAGUUUUAUUUUGAGUGAGCAAAGAGUUAGCUUUACCAUUCCAUUGUAAUGUGUCAUUUAGACUCUGGAUGUGUUAAAUUGUAAAGAUCAUAACGUUGUAAAAUUAAUCAUGUUUGCAUUUUUUGCUAAAUCUAUUCCUGGAAAACAGGGGCGGCGCCAGGUAUUUUUGGUGGGAGGAGCUAAGGGGAGGCUAAGGUUUUCAAUGUGGGGGCUCACUUAGCAUGUUAAUUUAGAGCCUUUUAACAAUGGAGUGCACCCCAUACCAUGGUUGAGUCGCUGUUUUAAGUUUAAAUGAAGAUAGCUCCUGUAGUGAUUUAUAAAAGCUUUUUUUUUUUUACUGGAGUCUCAUUUUGAACAACACUUUUAGUCAAGAUUGGAUGUACUAUGAAAGUGGGGCAAAAAUCUUUGGGGGAGCUAUGGGAGGGGGCCAUUCUAGGGGUGGUUAGUGCCCCCUCAACCCCCUUCCUGGCGCCGCCCCUGUUUGAACCUUGUAAAUGGCAAAGAUUUAUUUUUUUCAAGUUUUAACAUGUUUGCCACAGGUUGCUUUAUUUA